UCUUAGAGUCGUAUAGAACAACACUUUGCUAAAGAUUGAAGCGACAAUGAUUACGUAUAAAACAGAAUUUUAUAUUCUAAAUGACUCCUUGAACACAUGAACAGAUAAGUAUUUAUAGUCCUUAACAAUAAGGUAUGGUCGGACCACCACAGGUGAAUACCAGAUCGCAAAUUGGAGAAGGUAAGACUAACUUGUGAUACAAACAAGAUGCAUUUACAUUGAUAGUGAUCCACACCAGGUGUGCCAUACCUUUUGUGAUUAUUUCUAUUCAUGUAUGACAAAUCUGUCAUUCUUUAUCCAAUUAUUGUUUGGUAGUCAUAAACCGGUCAAUGGUCACUGGAAUUAUUGUAUUUGCGGGGAUAGUGUAACUAAUAUAACAAAUUAUGGUUAACAAGGGCCCAAAUUAUAGCAGAUAUUUUCAUAACACUUAAAGUAUGGGUCAGCCAAGACCUUAACUGGAGUUAAUGAUGUCAGUCUGAGAUUGUUGGGACCCAUUUAUCACCAAUAUUAACACACUAUCCCUAUUUUGAUAAAACAGUCACCAAAUAUCCACAUUUUACUGGAUUUGUCCUUAACCUUUUCAUCACUUAACUUACACAGGUCAUGCAUUUAACCUUACUUAUCAUCAAACAUUUACAAACACCGAACCUCCUCAUAGCAGAGAAUACUACAAACCUAACAAAUAGCGCAGUUGUCCUUUAUCUCAACACUCUUUUUAAAACCUUGUCGUCACUUGACGCCAUGUAUAAGUCUCAAGUAGAAGAUGAUCCUAGACGCCCUGUAUCAGGUGUUCUACACAAUACUGCAUUCUAAUCACACACAUCGUUACAGAUACUGACACAGUGAAAUGCAUAUCAAAAGCUGUACACGAUAAUGCCGCACCGUAAUCUUUCUAAACGUGUACAGUGUGAGAUUGUGUGUACACAAGUUGUUAUUAUAGGUAUAACAUAUAACGUUGACCGACAUCCAUAGAUAUAUAUUGUAUUAUAGGAUAUUAUAGAACAAAUUGAUAUGAAAUAAUUGGAUUUAUAUCCUUUUUACAGAUCAAUACUCCAAACACCCGACAUGGCAGCAUUAACUGGAGCGUACAACUUCUCAAAGGAAGGGUUUAGGUUGACAGACGAUAUGAAAAAGAACUUCGAUGACAAUGGAUACAUCAUAGUCAGGGGUUUGUUUGAUAACAAGGAAAUGACAAAUCUACGUAAAGUCUUUGAGGAAACGGAUAUGAUCGCAAACCAUGGUUUGAAAGUUGGUGAUGGGUCAGACAAGAAAACUAAAAUUGUAGUCUGGACUAAUCCUGGAAGUGACGUAUCUGGAGUGAUGGCGCGAUGUGAUAAAGUCGUCAAUACUUGUGAAAAACUACUGGAUAGAGGUGAAGUAUACCACUACCACGGUAAAUUACUGUACAAGGACGCAUUCACUGGUGGAGCUCACUUGUGGCAUCAGGACUAUGCGUGUCAUAUCCAUUGA